UCUGGGGGCUUUACGGCCAACUUGAACACCUCCACUCUUGCUCGCGUGAAAAAUACAACUUCCAUUUCCACGGUCCUAAGAAGCUUCGCCCACGUCGCUUCACCCCUCACGCCAAGAAACAUUACGAACCAACUUCUUCUUCAGGUUCUCUCUUCUCCUCUGGUUUUCUCUUUUUGGUUAAGAUUCUUCGCUCCUUGAUUUCAUUGAUCUUGUCAACUUCUUUUGUGGAUCUCGAGACGUCAGAAGAUCCAGCUGAGAAAUGAAUCAAAAAGGCUUGAUUUAUAGCUUUGUUGCUAAAGGAACUGUUGUUCUAGCAGAGCACACGUCAUAUUCUGGGAACUUUAGUACCAUUGCUGUUCAAUGUUUACAGAAGCUGCCUUCAAAUAGCAGCAAGUUCACAUAUUCAUGUGAUGGGCACACAUUUAACUUUCUCAUUGACAAUGGAUUUGUUUUUCUGGUUGUGGCAGAUGAAUCAGUUGGAAGGAGUGUGCCUUUUGUUUUUCUAGAACGAGUGCAAGAUGAUUUUAAACAGCGAUAUGGUGCAAGCAUUAAAAACGAGUGUCUGCACCCUCUAGCUGAUGAUGAGGAGGACGAUGACUUAUUUGAAGAUCGAUUUAGCAUUGCGUAUAAUCUUGAUAGAGAAUUCGGACCAAGGCUUAAGGAGCACAUGCAAUAUUGUAUGGACCAUCCAGAAGAAAUCAGUAAGCUCUCAAAAUUAAAAGCUCAAAUAACUGAGGUCAAGGGGAUUAUGAUGGAUAACAUUGAGAAGGUUUUGGAUCGUGGGGAGAAGAUUGAACUUCUAGUGGACAAAACAGAGAACUUACAGUUCCAGGCUGAUAGCUUCCAGAGGCAAGGCCGACAACUGCGACGGAAGAUGUGGCUGCAGAAUCUCCAGAUGAAACUGAUGGUAGGAGGAGCUAUUCUUGUGUUGAUCAUCAUAUUGUGGCUUAUUGCAUGUGGGGGUUUCAAAUGUUGA